CCAUUAAAUAUGAUUUGUGAGUCAAUCACACUAAUAAAGUAAUAAAAAUCAAUCAAUAAAAACCCACGAUUUUCAUACUCUACUUGUUUCUCAAAUCUAUUCACAUUUUCAGAUCUGUAUCACUACGUUUUCAAUUUCCAAUCAGCCAUGGCCCUCUCUUUGCAACGUUACACUUGGACAAAUGCCACCAGUCGUUUCACUCAACUUUUGAAAGAAAGAAGUAGGAAACAAAGAGAGAAGUCAAUGUUAAUACCAAUAAAAAAUGUAGAUCAUUUGCCUGAGAAUCUGAUUGUUGAGAUUCUAUCUUGGUUACCAAUGAAAGAUCUUAUGCGGUACAAGACUAUAAACAAAUCAUGGUAUGCUAUAAUUUCGAGCCCUGAUUUCGUUUCUAAACAUCUUAAAAACUACUAUAAGAAUAAUGAUGAUUGGCGCGGUUGCCUGCUUGUUCAACAUUAUGUUACUCAUGCUGAACUUCAAGUGUUUGAGUUGUUUCUUGAUGAAAUUACUGGAGUUAGUUUAGCUGAUGAAGUGUUGUAUAGCAUGCCCUUGUACAGUUCAUAUAUCAGUGGCCCUUGUGAUGGAUUGUAUUAUAUAUAUCAGUAUGAUUUUAGUGGUCGUGCUUUGUGGAAUCCGGCUCUUGAUGAGAUAAGAUACUUGCCUAAAUUAAUUUGUAAGCCAGAUCUUCCACCCACUUUCACUUAUUCUAAUUAUGAAGUGUAUGGAUUUGGGUCGGAUCCUGUUACUGGAGACUAUAAGGUGGUUGUUAUUAAAGGUUAUUGGCCAACCGAUGAUGAUAGUGAUGUCAAGCAUCCUUUAUCGGUCCUUGUAUAUUCAUUGAGGACUAAUUUGUGGAAAUACUGUGGAGAUUUGGCUAAAGCAUAUGAUUUAGAAAGCAAUAAAUGUUACAUCUUUGUGAGUGGAUGUUGUUAUUGGUUGGGAUCAUACGAAAAUACUUCUGAUGUAAUUGUUUGCUUUGAUAUGGCAACUGAUGCGUUUAAGGAGAUUCAUGUUCCUGAUUAUGCACAACCAUGUACUAAGUGUCUAGCAGUGUAUGAUGAUUCUCUUGCUUUUUUGUCUCUUCAUGAUGACAAAAAUUUGGAUAUUUGGACUUGGAAUGAAGGGUCUUGGACCAAGACAUUAAGUGUGGGACCUUUUCCUGAUGUUCGGGGUCCCAUUGGUCACUGGAAGGAUAAUAGGCUCAUACUGCAAUGUGAAGAUGGUAAGCUAGUCAUGCUUGAUCAGGAUGAUAAUCAAGGAUUAAAGGAUAUUGGAUUUCAGAACAAUAGGUGGUGUGAAGGGGUUUAUGCGUACAUGGAGAGUUUGGUUUCCAUCAAAGAUAAGAAUGAGUCGGCUCAGCCUGAGGAAGAAGAUGCUGAGGAUAACCAAACCGAGGAAGUAAAAGUUGAGGAUAAACAAACCAAGGAAGUAGAAGCUGAUGAUGAAGUUGACGUCAAUGUUUCAGCUUUGUUUGAUUGAAGAAAAAUAAGUGGCUGAAGAGAUUUGUUUUUUCUAUUUUUUCAUUUUGUGAUGGUACUGUGAGCCUUGAGUGAUAUGCUGAGUUUAUGUCCAACAUAGGUAUAUGGAGGAAUGUAUUGUCUGGUGUUGUUUCAUUAGAGAUGUAUAUUAUGUUUUAUUUGAUUGAAGUCUUCUCAUUCGACUUUUUUGCUCUUGAACCCUAAAAUAUCAACUCAUUUAUAAGAA